ACCAGCCGCCGCUCCACUCCCCGUCAGGCCGUCACCUUCCUCGAGAAACCAGCAAUCCCAAGCGCAAGAAGCUCUCCUCCCCCUCCCCAAGGAUCCCGACAGACAGCCCUCGCCCCCCCUCCAAUGCUCCGCAGUCCACGGGCAUGGCCUUCCUCAGAACCCUAAACCCUCUCCUCCGCAGGAACCCCGCCCUCCCGAACCCGAGGCCUCUCCUCUCCCACUACACCCUCUCCGCCCCAUUCCGCGCCGCCGUCCCUCCCGCCCCCGCGCCCUUCGUCCCCGCGCCCUUCGCCGCCGCGGCCGCGGCCGAUCCCGGAGGCCUCGCCCGCCCCCGCAGCGGGCCGCUGCUCCCCUCCUCGUCCUCAUGGACGCUCUCGCGCUCCGCCACGCCGUUCACCACCGCCACCGCCUUCCGCUCGAAGCUCUACAGGGCUCGCGCCAUUGCCGGCGGCGGUGCGCAGGCUUUGGCCGACGCGGUGCGUUGGGAGCCCAAACGGGUCUACGGAGGCGAGGCCGCGGGUGCGGGUGGAGGCGAGAAGUUUCUGAAUCUGCCCAAUUUGGUGUCGAUCGGGCGCAUGGCGUCGGGGCCGCUCAUUGGAUGGAUGAUUAUGAAUGAAUGGUAUCUUCCUGCUUUUGGCACAUUAGCUUUGUCUGGUGCAAGUGAUUGGUUGGAUGGGUUUUUAGCAAGAAAGAUGGGCAUCAAUUCUGUAAUUGGUUCAUAUCUGGACCCGUUGGCUGACAAGGUGUUGAUUUGCUGUGUUGCCGUAGCGAUGGUUGAAAAGGAGCUCUUACAUCCUGGCCUUGUUGGUCUGGUGGUUGCAAGAGACUUUCUCCUGGUGGGUGGUGCCUUCUACAAACGAGCAUCCAGCCUGGGGUGGAAGUGGAACAGUUGGUCAGACUUUUGUAACUUAGAUGCAAUUCACCGUGAGAAGGUUCAACCUCUUUUCAUCAGCAAGGUAAAUACGGUAUUUCAGUUGAUGUUGGUUGCUGGUGCACUCCUUCAGCCAGAAUUUGGCACAGAGGAGACUCAGAAUUAUGUUACAUACUUGGGUUGGCUGGUUGCUACAACAACAAUGGCAUCCACAGUAGGUUAUGGUGUGAAAUACUAUCAGAUAAGACCGAGGAUACGAUGACUGCUGUUGCCUGCAUUUCUCCUUCUCAUGCCUAACUCUGCUGCUGCUAAUGGGAACACAUCCGUGACAUACAUGUCUUCGGGCGCAGAAGCAUGUGAAGUCGCGAUCAACUAUUCUACAACAGCAUGUUAAAUACCAGCCAGAUUACGAUUGGUGAAUUCAGCAAUUAGUUGUGAGACUCAGAGCAUGAAGAGAUUAACGGGACUUCCUUCUCAUUUGAGUUUUUCUGGCGAUUGUUUCCAUGGACCGUCCGAAUUUGAAGAAAUAGAAGGGUAAUGCAGUUUAUAAAAAUGGAAGCAGCAGAUAAUUGCUAUAUUAGGACCUCUCCCAAGGAGCCAUUAGUCUAGUCCCUUACACGUGUAGCCACUGACUAGAAUAUAAUAAAGCUGUAAAAUUUGUUGUA